ACUUGUACAGUGUCAGUUGGGAAAAGCUCGUGGAAAAGUGUCCGUCGUGGAGUUUUCUCACACACAAAACGCACUCACCAUUUUCUCCAAUAGAACGCACUCAAAAGUGAGGUGAAAAAAAAAUUACAAAGCGUAUUAAAAAGAUUUUCCAUGUUAAGUGAAUAUUUAAAGGGAAAUUUAUAAACUUUUCAAGAAAAAGAUUUUUUUUUGGACAAUUUUUCUCCUUGGAGGGUGUGAAAGUGAAAAUUCUCACUGCAAAAUUACACAAGUAAACGGGGGUUGAUGUUUUGUGUGUUUCUCCCCAUUUUCCUACCAACCCCCUUUGUGUACCACAUGAAGCCGGAUUCUGUGCACAAAAGACAAAGUGGUUGAAUAGCAGAGAAAUAAAAGAAGUUAACAUUUUUUUCCAAGAAACUAAAAAAAAAACAAAAAGACAAUCCUGUGAAUGAUUCAUAAAUUGCGCAAAAGUGUCUUCCAUUUUGAAAAACGAUGAAUGAGUGACGUGAGAGUACGUUUAUGUUGAAAAUGUCCUCAAUUUCGGCUCAAGGAGUCGUUGAGCGCGCGUCCGCCGAACUAUCGAAGCGCAUCAACGGCCUGGGACUCCGAAAGCACCACGGCACCAAGGCUAGUGUCAUGGAGCGCGUCACGAAUGUCCUCUGUGGCGGCAGUAGUGGUGGCCAUGCAUCCGCCAAUUCCUUGGGUGCCCCCGAAAAGCCCUCCCGUAUGGCCAGUAUGAAGCUCACGGUGUCCAAAGGUGGUGCAACACCAUCCAGUCAAACGGGAACGCCACAAAUGACGCGCAAGAGCCCCCCAGCUCCACCUAUACUCACUGUUGAACAACUCCUCGUGGACGAGCGCUUCCUGAGCCGUUUCUUCCUCUACUUCAGCCCGCUGGAACGAUGUGUCUUGGCACAGGUGUGUCAACGCUGGCGGGAUAUUCUCUACCGUAGUCCUCGUUUCUGGUCCGGCUUGCUCCCAGUGCUGCAGAGUCGUGAACUACGUCAAGCAAGUGGGCAGGAUCGCGUGAAGCUCUAUAAUUCACUAAUACGGAGAGGCUUUCACGCAAUUUGCCUCCUUGGCGCCACAGACGAAGACGCUCUGGAUAUUGUACACUCCUUUCCACUUGCUUCGAAGCACAUCCACUCCCUGAGCCUUCGAUGCUCCUCCGUUAGUGAUCGAGGACUUGAAGCUCUUCUUGAUCAUCUUCAGAGUCUCUUUGAACUGGAGCUGGCCGGUUGCAAUGAGGUCACCGAAGCAGGACUCUGGGCGUGCCUCACACCCCGGAUAGUUUCCCUCUCGCUGGCAGACUGCAUCAAUAUUGCCGACGAGGCGGUGGGUGCAGUGGCACAGUUGCUUCCAUCGCUCUAUGAAUUUUCUCUGCAGGCUUAUCAUGUCACAGACGCCGCCCUGGGGUACUUUUCACCAAAGCAAAGCCACAGCCUAAGUAUAUUGAGAUUGCAGUCUUGUUGGGAGCUUACAAACCAUGGCAUCGUUAACAUAGUCCACUCCCUGCCACACCUGACGGUACUAUCGCUUUCGGGAUGCAGCAAAGUCACGGAUGACGGUGUUGAGCUGAUAGCGGAAAAUCUGCAAAAGUUACGUGCUCUGGACCUGUCGUGGUGCCCAAGGAUUACGGAUUCAUCCUUAGAGUACAUUGCAUGUGAUUUAAAUCAACUCGAGGAACUCACGCUCGAUAGAUGCGUUCAUAUAACUGACAUUGGGGUUGGCUACAUUUCCACAAUGCUCUCCCUCUCAGCACUCUUCUUACGUUGGUGUUCGCAAGUCAGGGACUUUGGAUUGCAGCACCUCUGCUCAAUGCGAAACCUUCAAGUUCUCUCGUUAGCUGGUUGCCCUCUGUUAACCUCAAGUGGACUCUCGAGUCUCAUCCAAUUGCGACAUUUGCAGGAAUUGGAGCUCACAAAUUGCCCAGGAGCCUCACAGGAGCUCUUUGAGUACCUCCGUGAGCACCUACCUCGUUGUCUCAUUAUAGAGUAAAUUGAUAUUAAUUUGUAAAAUUUUUAGGUGAAUUCUUAUAGGUAAAAUUUGUAUAAAAUAGAACUUUAAUUUAAGAUUUAGACAAAAAAAAACAUUAAAGUUAAGUGAACGCGCGCGCUAACGAUUAUUUCAAAAAUGGAGGAUAAAUAAUAAAAAAAAAACUUUCGGGAGUUCGAAGACAAUGUAAAAGAGAGGAGAGCUAUAGGAUGUAGGCAGAGUUUUGUAGUAUUUAAACAUUUUCCAUUAGAAAACUCAAAAGUAAAAGUAAAAUAGAAUUUUAGAGAAAGUCCUCUUGUGAGAAAAUUUCAUUUUAUAAACACAAACUAAACCACAUUUAGGAAUAUCAAAUAAUCAGGAGAGUUUAGUAGUUGACCUUUGCAAAUAUUUGUUGUGUAUAAGAAAAUGAGGAAAAGUCCAAAUUAAUUUAUAUAGAAUGUUCUAUAGCAAAAGCUCUCAAGGAUGCACGUAGAUUGUCGGAGAGUUUAACAAGUUUAGUUUCCAAUUAAAUGGCUACGAUAACGAGGCAAAUUAUAAAGAUGUAUUUGGAAAGUUUUAGGAAGGAAAAUUUCGGAAAAUUUGCAAGUAAAAUUGGAUUUUAUUAAGCCCCUCAUAUCGUUUUAAAUUUUUCAUUUCAGAAUUUUAUAAAAUAAAAUUUAAUAAUAUUGGCAAUAUUUCUGGAAUGAUUAGAGAUUGAUAAACAAUUGAUUGAGCCAAUAAAUGCUCAAUUAUAUUGAGUCAUUUCAGCGGUUCUUCAUGUGUCUAAAAACCGAAAGACCUCAAGGUAAAGUUGGAAUAAAAAAUUUAUUGAGUCAAUUAGACUGAUCAAUAAUUGAUCAAACAUGGAGAAAUCAAAUGAGUCAGAUCAAAUGUCCCAAUCAAUUGAUUAUUUUUUUGACAGUGGAUUGACCAAUCUCAGGUCAAAUCUAAUUGCUCAAUAAUUGAUCCUCUAUGUGGACCUUUAUUUGCAUCCAAUCCAAACUGAUUCAUAUUAAGUCAAUUUUAUUUCAAUCAAUUUUCAAUCACGAAUUGAUCAAAUAUUGACCAAAUAUUGAUCUUCAUUUUUUUUACAAAUUGUUUGGUCAAUUUAUGCUCAAUCAUUGGUCAAUCACACAAUUUUCGUUCAAAUAUCGAUCGAUUACACAAUUUUUGCUUGGCUGAGUCAUUUUUUUUUAAAUUUAACUCAACCAUUGAAAAAGAAAAAAAGGAUAUUUUUAAAGACUUUUAAAGGAAUACAAUUAUUCUAUUUGAGAUUGCGUGCAAUAUUGCGAGCUUUAGCUGUAGAAAUAAUCAUAUUAAGAAGACUGCCUCAAUUAAUGUUUUAACAGCUUCAAUUUCCACACAAAAAUAUAAUAAAUUUCAACUGAAUUAAGAUAAAGCAAAAAAUAGCCUAUCCUGUCCAUCCUUAGUGGAGAAUCUUCUUCAAACCACUCCUUAGAAAAAAAAUGAAGAUCACAUUGUAGAAAAAAAGCAAAUUAAUGUACUAAUAUUUCCCCUCCAACGUGUGAAUAAAUGUGAAUUAAAAAAAGAACUUUAGUCAAUUUUCAAGGCACCAAUCCUUUCUUCUUUAGCACUCAACAAUCCUCUCAAAUAACCACCCACUUUUGAGCUCAACUUCACCACGUAAAGACACAAAAGUAAUGGCGAAAACAAUGUAGAAAGAAAGAAAAAAGGAAAUUGUACAAAAUGAGAAAAGUCUCUUUGCUGUGUAAUUAUUUAAAGGGAAAAUAAAAGAAAAUAUUGGCUUACAUGGAAAAUAUUUGUUGUGAGGGAGUUAAGAGAAGUAAAAAGUGAAAUGAUAAUAUUUGUACAUUUAUCACUUUGAGCACCUGCCCAUGACUAGCAAAAAAAAAGAGAGAAAUAGAACAAAAACCUACAAGAGAGUGGAAAAUCACGCGAAGAAUUGUGCAAAAAUCCUGCAAAAUUUAUUAUUAAAAUGAAAGAAAAUUCGCAGAGACAAAUGCUCUUGCUAGGCUUUAGUAGAGUAAAACAUUUUUGUAGGAGAAAAGUCGGAACAAUAGAUCGGAAUGUGCUUAGUUUGUAAGGAAAAAUUAAUUAAAAAAUAAAAGAAAAAAAUCAAAUUAAAAAAUAAACAUAAUUAUAAAAUUCAUUUUCCUUUUUCCCAGCCUCAUCUGUGUUUCCAUAUUUCUUCUCAAAGACUGAAAGUGGAAUAAAAAUUAAACCGCGGGAGAGAGAAGAAAUUUUUUUCGUGUCUAAUAUUCAGUAUUAUAGAGGAAAACAGAUUUUUUUAAAUGAAAAAUUUUUGCAAAAAAUGUCAAAAUAUUUAUUGAAGAGAAUAUUUUGUAAAUAUUGUAAAAAAAAAGUAUUUUGUUGAAAAUGCACUCGGAAAAAAAAAACAGAAUUAAACUAAUUCUUUUCACAGUUGUGGUCAAAAAAACUUCCCUUUUAGAAAAUUAAUCAAAAUAGUGAUAAUAAAAAAAUUAAUCCUUGGAGUAUUUUGCUGACUAAAGUGGCCAAAUCGACUUUUUUAAUCGCCACAGAAUUAAAAUCUAUUUAAUAUUUCGUGAGGAGAGUUUCAUUACUACAAUAUCUUCGAAAGAAAACUUGAAAAAAUAUUCUCUUUUGAAAGAAAAUGAAGGUCAAAAUUUUAAGGUUAGAAACUUCGGUCCUCCAAGUGUUAAAGGAACUUUAUGAAGCUCAUAGGUUAUCACUAUAAGCUUUGGAAUCAAAUAUGGAAUCUUUAUGUUAUUUUUAACUUCAUAAAAUGCGUUUUUUUAAUCAUUAAUUAUUUUUAACAAAAAUUUUAAUUGAGGUUAUGUUACAUCGAUAUUAGCAGAUGGGGAGAAUUUUCUUUUAUAGUAACAUGGAAAAAUUAUUAUGACUCUUUUGUUUAUUCAGGUGUAAAAGUGAAAUUCGUUUUACCACUUCUGAGUGUCCCUAAUAAAAAUAAAACUUGUCUCAUAACCUCAAAAGUUUAAAAAUUUUACAAAAAUACAAAAAAUACCAAAAGUAUCAAAAACUUUUACUGCCAAAGGUGAAAAAGAACAUUUUGAAUAAUACUCUGACGUUAUAUUUUAAAUUAUUGCCUUCAGUAGCUUUGGAAAUUUUUGAUUCUUACAACAUUUGCAUUUUUUAACGUUUCUUUUUGCUAUGAAACGUAGGUUACUGGCCACAAAAUUUAUUUCGUAUUGAUGUUAAGUUAUAAUUUUCAAGGAUUUUCAGGUUAUUCCAUUUUUUUCCCGUGAAAACAGACAUAAUCUGCAUUUUACUAAUCAAUCUUAAUGCAAAAAAAAAAACAGUUUGAACUGCUAAAAUACGAAUUUAAUAAAUCAGAUAAUUUCUUGCAAAUUCUAACCUAGACUAUUCUUUUUAAGCGUUAAUUUUUUAAGCUAUAAAAUGGACAGAAGUUUUUUUUUUAGAGUUAUUCAAAAAGUCAAUAAAACCUCCUAAAUUUAGUUGACUGAAAAGAAGAAAAACAUAAAAAAAUAAAUCAAUAAUUCAAUUGACAAUAUUCUCAAAAAAAAAAAUCUCUAAAUAUUCAAGAGGACAAUACUAUUUCGCUUGACCAUCACUGUACCAAUCCAAAAUAAUUAUUAUAGAAGGGAAUAUUUUUUUGACCAUCACUGUAUUUUUUUUUUCAAAUUAAUUCCUGAAUCUUUCUGAGUGCAAUAAAUAACAGCACGCGAUUUGGAAUUAUGUUGUUCGUCAAUUGUGUGGGAAGAUUUUUUUUCGCGAAAGUAAAAGUCCCAAAAGUAUGUUUAAAAAAUUAAAUAUAAUUGUAGCAAUAUAAUUAAAAAUAAUGUAAAUAAAACAUGAUAAUAAUGAUGA